GUAACACUUUUCCAUGUAUUAUAUACUUGGGAUUGCUCCAAAAGAAUUGUCAAAUGCAAUACCAUUUAAAAAAAGUGAGGAUUAGCGAAUUAAAGCCUUUGGAAAAAUGACAAGAACUUGUAUUGAACUAGGUGACGUGACCCCGCAUAAUAUUAAACAACUAAAAAAAUUGAACACUGUUGUUUUUCCUGUAUCAUACAACGAUAAAUUUUACAUUGAUGUACUAGAUGCGGGGGAAUUGGCUAAAUUAGCAUAUUAUAAUGAUAUUGUUGUUGGAGCAGUUUGUUGCCGCAUUGAUACAACAGAAAAUCAAAGAAGACUAUACAUUAUGACUCUUGGAUGUUUAUAUCCGUACAGACGGUUGGGAAUAGGAACAGUUAUGUUUAAUCAUAUAUUAAACUAUGUUGAAAAAGACGGGAAUUUCGACUCAAUCUUCCUGCAUGUUCAGGUAAAUAACAAUGGUGCUAUUGAUUUUUAUAAAAAAUUUGGUUUCGAAAUAGUAGAAACGAAAAAGCAUUAUUACAAAAGAAUUGAACCAGCUGAUGCUCAUGUUCUGCAGAAAUCUUUAAAAAACGAUAACUGUGAAUUUCCUAAUACUACAAAUGGUACAGCACUUGGACAAAUAAUUCAAAAUAUAAAUAACCAUUAUCAAGUAAAUGGCAAAAGGUAAAUGUGAGUAAUUAUCACUGAUCUGUAAAAAUUUAAGGUAAAAAUAAAUCAGAUGAAGAAAAAUUAAAAAAAAA